AUGCACGCUGCCCCUUCGCGGGCUGUUUUGAUGACUGCCCGACAUUUAAAUAUUAAAAUUAAUGUAAAAAUAUUGGAUUUAAGUGAAGGACAACAACUCUCACCUGAUUUCAUAAAGGUAAAUCCUGUCCAUACGGUUCCUACUAUCGAUGACAAUGGAUUCAUACUAUGGGAGAGUCGGGCUAUUAUGCAGUACUUGUGCAACCAAUACGCGCCCGACAGCACUCUCUAUCCCAAAGACCCCCAAAAGAGAGCACUCGUCGACCGUUACCUUAAUUUUGAUGUCAUUCUCUCCUCAUCUCAAAGAGAAGUUUUGUUCCCUAAACUUUUCUUCGGUGUGGAUGUGUCUGAAUACAAAGUGAGAGUCUCUGAUAAUUAUCUAAAAAUUUUGGACCAAUUGAUCGGAGAUAACAAGUAUUUAGUCGGAGAUGAGUUGACAAUCGCUGACCUCUCGCUGUUAUCCGGGUAUCGAUUUUUGGAGUUAACUGAUUAUGAUUUGAAUGAUUACCACAAUUACAAGCGAUGGUAUUCAACAUUGAAAACAGAACUCAUCUAUUUUGAUGACAUUCAUGACAUUUCAAAGAAGGACUGGGAUUUAAAGUUGUUUUUCGUUUGUCGUGACCGUUUUACCCCUUCCCGUGCCGUCCAUUUAACGGUCCGAGAGCUCAAUAUUGACGUUAAUAUUCAUUAUUUGGAUCUCACAGAAGGGGAACAAAUGACUCCAGAGUUUCAGAAGUUAAACCCCAAUCGCAAAGUGCCCACAAUAGAUGACAAUGGAUUUGCUUUAUGGGAGAGUCGGGCUAUAAUGCAAUACCUGUGCAAUCAAUACGCGCCCGACUCUACUCUUUAUUCAAAGGAUCCUAAAAAGCGAGCACUUGUCGACCGAUUCCUAAACUUUGACCUCUUAUUCUUCGCAAACCAUAGAGAUGUUGUGAUGGCAAAGACCUUGCGUGGAGUGAAUCCGCCCGAAGACAAACAACUGGCUCUGAAAAAUGAGUUGAAAUUAUUGAACAGUUUGAUCGGUGGCCACAAAUAUCUGACGGGAGAAGUGCUAACAAUCGCCGAUCUGUCCCUUUCUGAAUACACAAACAUUGAGAGAUGGUAUUCAACACUACAGAAAGAAUUGCCAUAUUUUUCGCAAAUCAAUGACAUUCCCAAAGAGGAAACCCAACUGUUUUUGAAUAAAGUGAUGAAAUGGAUGGCUAAGAAGUCUGACAAAUAA